CCGGGUCACGGGUUUUUACCACCACCGAGGAAGAAGAAGAAGAAGAAGGAGAAGGACAAGAAUGUCUUAUUUGUGUGCAGCAGCGGCUUUAUUGGAAUAACCGCAACGUUGUUAACGAGCUUAGACAUGCUCUGUUCGCGGCAGAGAAGUAUAUCAUCGACGUGCGAUUCCUUGAAGCGAGUGACGUUCUCUUUCCUCCAGUUACGCAGCCUUUGGCGAACACUCGACCUCUUCGAGUGUGUCGUUGAGCAGACAUGGCACUGACGGGUGGAUAAGCGAUCAGCCUCGCUGUCUCGGACGGGAACCACCCACUGAUGUAUAUACGCAGGGACCCGGCAGAGAGGCAGCAGUCGGCGGGGCACGAAGGAGGAACGAGCGGCCAAGCCAGGACCAGGAGACGGUCGGCGAGUUUCGGAUCAGAUACGAUGGGGGCGUCGAUGGGACCCGCUCUGCACUGGCUGCAAGAUGUGGCCGCGGGGACUCUCCUCAAAGCCCGGCGGACGCUGUUCCAGGCCGCCAUCCUGUGCUGUGUGUUGGGCCUGCUGCUGUGGGUGUCCAUCUUCCUCUAUGGGAGCUUCUACUACUCCUACAUGCCCACCGUGAGCUUCUCGACCCCCGUGCACUUCUACUACCCCUCGGAUUGUGAUGCCUCAUCGCCGGCGCCGUGCUCCUACCCCACGGCCAACAUCUCGUUCUUGAAGAACGGCAGAGACCAGGUGAUGGCUUUUGGCCAGCCCUAUCGGGUGUCUCUGGACCUGGAGAUGCCGGAGUCGCCGGUGAAUGAACAGUUGGGGAUGUUCAUGGUCAAGAUGUCCUCCUACGCCAAGGGCGGGAGGAUGGUCUCGUCUGUGGGACGAUCCGCAAUGCUGCAUUACCGCUCCAGCCUCCUGCAGACCCUGAGCACUCUACUGUUCUCGCCUUUGCUUCUGACUGGAUUGACUGAGCAGAAGCAGCUCAUAGAAGUUGAGCUCGCCUCAGACUACAUGACGAACGCCAAUCAACCCAGUGUGGGUGCCGUCAUCCAGAUCUGGUCCAAACAAGUGCAGAUCUACUCAUCGCAGCUCCGCGUCCAUGCCUACUUCAGUGGUAUACGUUACAUUCUUUACAACUUCCCCCUGACAUCAGCAGUGGUCGGCGUGGCCACCAACUUCGCCUUCCUCAGCGUCAUCGUGCUGUUCAGCUACCUGCAGUUCGUAUGGGGUGGGAUCUGGCCCCCAGACCAAGUCAGAGUCAGGGUCAUGAUGGGAGACAACACCCGCAUCCAGCAGAGGAGAGAGGAGGCCCGAAAGCGCAUCGAGAGGGAAAACUCACAGAAGGAAGUUGACGCUCCUAAAGUGAUUGGACCUGUGGAUGAUGCAUCUGAUUUCAAGGGAACUGAAACAGAGGUGGAGGAGUUGUCAAAGAAGCCCUCAGUUAUCCCAGAUGCCUGUGGGGUCGAGGUGCCGGAUACCAAGGAAGAAGAAUCUCAUCACCCGAAGGGGCCCGAUGAGACAGACGACGCCGACGUGUCGGAUGAAGCCCGGCUGCCUCUGCAGAAUGAGACAACAGUCGGCCAGGACGCUGUCGACGUGUCGGAUGAAGCGCAGCAGCCUCCGCAGAAUGAGACAACAGUCGGCCAGGACCCCGUCGACGUGUCGGGUGGAGCCCAGCAGCCUCCGCAGAAUGAGACAACAGUCGGCCAGGACGCCGUCGACGUGUUGGGUGGAGCCCGGCUGCCUCUGCAGUAUGAGACAACAGUCCGCCAGAGCCAGUGAAUGAUGCCACAGUUACAGUACCUGUAGUAUGUUCAUAUUGCAGCGUAAUAAUGUCCCAUCACUCUUCAGCAGAUGAUAAUUUAUUUGGCAGAUACCACUUAUAGAUUGAAGCAAACCCACUGUUUCAGUUGGCACAAAUACAGAUGCAUGAGAAAUAUAUUACCAGUGUCGUUUAAGCUAACAAACUUACAGUUUAUUGCCUUGUCUGAAUAUAACUUUGAACCCCUGCUCGUGUCGUUCUGCUUGUUGUCUGAGUGUCCUCAAGAGAACAGCACUACACAGUCUUACGUUUGUUCCAUUUGUGUUUGGGUUGUGUCCAUAGCAGGAGGUGCUACAUUCCAGCUUUUGUCUUGUCUUAUUUAAGUCAGUUUAACCAUGCUCAUGUUUCAUUUGUCUGAGAAAAAAAAUUCACGGGGUCUCUCUUAAUAACUAGUUUGCAUGUAGUUAGACUUGAUUCUACUUGAAUGUAGCUGCUGUGCACUUGAAACCAAAAAAAUUUAGCUGGAAUUUUGAAUUCCAAGAACUUCACGCACCCUUUUAGGGGAUGCCUACAAACAUGCCUUGUGAUGUUGUUUUUUUUUUUUCUCUUUCUAAGAGGCUCUCUCAGAGAAAUUAGAUUUGGAAAAUUGGCCCCCCAAAAGUUUCUUUGUUGUCAAUAACUCUCUAGAAACAUGCACAUGGUCCAGCUCGAGGGAUACAAGGGGUCUGUUGUAUGUGAAUUUCAUUUUGCUAACUGAGCUGUUCUGUCUCAGUGUAACGGGUGACGUCACUGCUCUGACACACCAAGUUAAAGGUUUCAAUGCUUUCUCACGCAAGUUGGCUAUCAUUCCAUCUGAUCUGUGCAUUCAGUUUCUGUUACAGUGGAGUUUGCACUCUGCAAGUUUAAUGUUGCAGAAAUAGUAUUUAUUGUGUUUUCAUCACAGCGAAGAACCAAAUAUAUUUUAGAUUAAUGUUUUAAGAAAAGUAGCACUGAGGGGCAUACAGUAUGAGAGGAGUAAGUGAAGUGACUGUUACUGUAUGUAGGAUUUUGUAGCAAAGAUAUAUUUACGAAGCACUCAUCGCUUGGUCGUCUCCGUUUCUGUCUUAUGGAAUAUUCUGCUCAAUACCUCUGAAGUGAGUAGGUGUUAUUUGUGCACUGACGCUGAAUUAAACAAAUACUAUACAACUCAA